AUGAUUAUACUACUUAAAGAAAUAAUUUUAUUUAUUUGUUUUAUAAAAAUAAUUAGUACCAAUAGAGCUGCUACUAAACAAUCAUCUACCUCCUCUUCAUCUGUUGUUGGAAGAAUAGGAACAUCUACACCUGAUAAUGAUGAUGAGGAAAGGUUAAUGAUUGAUAUAUUUAAAGGAUACAAUUCUUAUAUUCAUCCUAUUAAUCCAAAUACAUCAGAACCAAUAAUAGUAUCAAUGGCAUUACAAUUAGUAUUAUUGAUAAAUGUUGAUGAGAAAGAUCAAAUAAUGCAUACUAAUGUUUGGUUAACAUUAAAAUGGAAUGAUUAUAGAUUUAUAUGGGAUCCAGAAAAUUAUGGUGGUAUUACAAGUAUUAGAGUAUCACCAGAUAAAGUAUGGUUACCAGAUAUUGUACUUUUUAAUAAUGCUGAUGGUAAUUAUGAAGUUUCAUUUAUGUGUAAUGUGGUAGUUAAUCAUAAAGGAGAAAUGUUAUGGGUACCUCCAGCUAUUUAUAAAAGUUCAUGUAUUAUAGUUGUUGAUUAUUUUCCAUUUGAUAUUCAGACAUGUCAUUUAAUAUUUGGAUCAUGGACAUAUAAUAGUUCUGAAGUUAAAUUAGAAUUUUAUGCAUCAGAAUAUAUAGAUUUAUCAGAAUAUUCACCAAGUUCAAUAUGGGAUGUUAUUGAUGCACCAGCAGCAUUAGUUAAUAAACGUUCACGAAUGGAAUUUCAAAUAGUUAUUAGAAGAAAACCUUUAUUUUAUACAAUAGUAUUAAUUAUACCAACAGUUUUAAUGGCAUUCUUAUCAAUGACAGUAUUUUUAUUACCAACACAAUCUGGUGAAAAAAUGACUCUUAUAAUGAAUGUUCUUUUAUCAAUUGUAUUGUUUUUAUUGUUAGUUUCAAAAAUUCUCCCACCAACAUCUUCAACAAUUCCACUUAUGGCAAAAUAUUUACUUUUAACAUUUGUGUUAAACAUUAUAACAAUUAUAGUAACAGUUAUCAUUAUUAACAUUUAUUUUCGUGGUCCAACUACACAUAGAAUGCCAAGAUGGGUAAGGAUAAUAUUUUUAAAAUUUAUGCCAUUCAUAUUAUGUAUGGAAAGACCUAAAAGAUUACCAAAAGGAAAAAAAAAGAUGAGAAGUAAAAAAGAAAUUAUGAAUUUAGUUGAGGGUAAUAUAAUGCAUCCAUAUUAUAAUACAAAUAUUGAUAAUAAUGGUAGAUUAUUUUAUCAACAUCAUCCAUUUUGUAAUAGUAAUACUAUUAUUAAUACAACACCUCAAAAAAAUAUAACAUCACCAAGUAGAGGAAGAGAUAUACCAAUAUUUUUAAAAGAUAAUUUUAAUACAAAUUUAUCAACAAAUUGUGGUAAGACAUGUUCACUUGAUGAUGAUUAUGGAUUAGGUGAAAAUGCAAAUUUUGCUGUUGAAGCUAUAGCAUAUAUAACAGAUAAUAUGAAAUCUGAUGAAAAAGAUAAAGCAUUACGUGAUGAUUGGAAGUAUAUUGCAAUGGUUAUUGAUCGUCUCCUUUUAUAUAUAUUUUUUGGUGUAACAUUAGGUGGAACAUGUGGUAUUUUAUUUGGAGCACCAACAGUUUUUGAUAAUGUAAAUCAGGAAUUAGAAUUAACAAGAUUAAUAAAACAAUAUCGUGGUAAUGGUAAAAAUUAA